UCUAUUUUCAAUGAAGAGAACAACAAUGAGAAUGAGCUGGAGGUGACUGGGUUGGGAAGGAGAUGAACAAUAUGAUGUGGCUAUGACACCAAGGAAGAAGCAUGGAGACAAGAGAAAGCAGCCUUCUAGUAAUAGUUUUGGAUUGUCAUCCAAUAUUUUGGGGCAGGCGAGCUGGCGACGAGAAGGGAAUUCAUUUCGAUAAAUUCCUAGAAUCUGUGUUGGUCCUAACUAAUUCCCAUCUGUUGCUCGAUGCACGUAAUACGGUAGCACUCAUAGCAUGCCACACAAAAAAGAGCGAGUUUCUGUAUCCCGCUGCUGCACAAUCGUCGGAAGGCACCCAGUCGUCCCCCGUCAAUGGAACACCAUCAGCAUCCUCUGGCAACAACACAACGACAAUCGUGUCUGCUGCAACUAUGGUGAACGACGGACGCUACGAACAAUUUCAGGUGAUGAAUGAAACUGUGAAAGCCCAGCUCAGAGAGCUUGUACUGGGAAUUCCGGCCGACUCUGCUGACGGCAGCGUUGACAGUAAAAUCGAAGGCAUUCAGCUGACUGGUGGCCUAUCUCAGGCACUCUGUUAUAUCCAGCGCUCGAUACGACAAGCGCCAGCAGGCACAGUAGUGAAACCGCGCAUUCUGGUGAUGCAGGCUUCACCAGAUGCGCCUCACUCCUAUUCAGACAUGAUGAACUGCAUAUUUGCCGCGCAGAAAGCUAGCAUACCGAUCGACGCCUGUAUAAUCGAAUACAGCUCCGGCUUUUUGCAGCAAGCGUCCGACAUAACCGGCGGCAUUUACCUGAGAAUUGAUGACACGUCCGCGUUACUUCAGUACUUGUUGUUUGUGUUUCUGACCGACCAGGCGGCGCGCAGCAUGCUGGAUAUGCCGGCACCGAAACAGGUGGACUAUCGCGCCGCCUGUUUCUGCCACCGUCAGCUGGUCGACGUCGGAUUCGUGUGCUCGGUGUGCUUGUCGAUCUUUUGCCAAUUCACGCCGAUCUGCCAGACGUGCAACACUCACUUCAAGCUGCCAGCACUGAAGCGCAAAAAGGCGUAGCGCUUGCUUGCUGACCCCCAGUCUUGACUGUUUCUGUUUUGUAUCGACCAGUCCAAAAAAUAUAUAUAUAUAUUACCCACCUCGCACACAAAUGUUUUAACUUAUCUUGCUCGUAAUAGUGCAACUGCAUGUUCAUGACAGGCUCAUAUUCUGCACGCGAUAAUUAUGACACCCAUACCAAGUAGGUAUGGCUGGCACGUGUCUGUUUGCUCCGUUGUGUUUUUCAACUGCUGGCACCCAAUCUAAAAUGUGUUUUUAAUCUGUUUUUGUUUGCUUAGUGACCGUAUUUCCGUGUGUCCGCCCGCCUUUUACCGCCAUUUUCAACUGAUAUUUAUUUCUAGGAAUUCAUUCUUUUCAAGAGGGAUGUGACGACGACACGCUUUCUGUUCUGUUUUAUAGAUCAUUACAAUUCAUGGCUAUUCUCUCUCUCUCCUCUUCUGGUCUUUGCUGUGGACCGUUCUGUCGUGCACAUACUUGUCCCCAUGUCAUGCUCUGUAUACCAAAUACAGCCAGGCGACAGGCAUGGGUCACCAGCGCGUCUUGGAUUUGAAAUGCCAGGUGCUCUAAUUCUCCACUGA